UUUGAGAGGGUGUCACUAGUAUAAGGAAUUUCCUGUCUCAGCUUCAAAAGUCGAAAUGAGUUCUUUCGAUGAAUUUGUGUGUUUAGAUGAUUUUGAAAAAUAUGCCCUCAAAGUUUUAAGCAAAAAAGUUGCAGAUUAUUAUGCAAGUGGAGCAAAUCAUCAACAAACGCUAUGUGAAAACUGUGCGGCAUUUUCCAGGUUGCGAUUUAGGCCAAGAUGUUUAAACAAUGUAUCCAUCAGAAAUCCGAGAACUGAAGUCUUAGGAAAACCCGUUUCUUUUCCAGUCGGCAUUGCUCCAUCAGCAAUGCAAAGAAUGGCUCAUCCAGAAGGUGAAAUCGCGACUGUUAAAGGAGCGGCAUCAGAGGCAGUGAUCAUGAUUCUUAGUACUUUAUCCACAACCUCCCUAGAAGAUGUAGCAGAAGCUGCUCCUUCAUCCAAUCGAUGGUUUCAGUUGUAUAUUUAUAAAGACAGAAAUACCACAAAAAACCUUGUAGCCCGAGCAGAAAAAGCUGGAUACUCUGCGUUAGUUUUAACGGUUGACACUCCUGUUUUUGGUAACCGCUUAGCAGACACCAGAAAUAGAUUUUCUCUUCCUCCUCAUUUACGGCUUGCAAAUUUUGAUUACGCUGAUAUCAAAUGCUCAAUACCUGCAACAGCGACAGAUGAUUCGAAUUUGAAUAAAUAUGUCAAU